AUGUCGGAAGAAUUGACCAAAAAAACCGAAGACUUGUCUUUAGAAAACGACCACACCGUGUUGAGCAGCAAGGAGGAGUUCACCGCCAAGCACCCCUUGAACACCAAGUGGACCUUGUGGUUCACCAAGCCGCUGACCUCCAAGAACGAAAACUGGUCCGACUUGUUGAAGCCCGUGAUCAGCUUCGGCUCCGUCGAGGAGUUCUGGGGCAUCUACAACUCCAUCCCGGUCGCCAACCAGUUGCCUGUCAAGUCCGACUACCACUUGUUCAAGGAGGGAAUCAAGCCCGAGUGGGAGGACGAGCAGAACGCCAAGGGUGGCAGAUGGCAGUACACGUUCUCCAACAGAAGAGAGGUGUUGCCCGUGAUCAACGACUUGUGGUUGCGCGGGUUGUUGGCCGUCAUUGGCGAGACCAUUGAGGACGACGAGAACGAGGUCAACGGUAUUGUGUUGAACAUCCGUAAGGGUUUCCGUGUGGCGGUGUGGACCAAGGAUUGCGACCUGGAGAAGUUGAAGGUCAUUGGCGAGCGGUUCAAGAAGGUGUUGAAGUUGCCUGAUGACCAGAAGAUUGAGUUCAUGUCGCACGACACGUUCAACAACAAGGGCGAGGCCCAGCUUUCGUUGUAG